AUGGGAAAUUUGUGUCUUAGAAAAAAAGAAAAAUCAUAGUAAAAUUAAGUAAUCUAAUUUUUUAAAUUAAGUACAAUCUUAGCGAUGAAAAUCAUAUCACUUACACACCAGCCACAUUAGAUGAAUUGGAUAAAAAAAUUAAAAUUGAAUCAUAAGGUAUGUUCAAUUACCAUAUUCUAGAUGACAACAGUUCUGGUAUCUUUAUAACUUAUUUUUAGAGGCUUUGAUUUCGAAUAUGGAUAGUAAAUAGGAUUAAUUUGAAUAAGGGUAGAAUUAAACUUCAAUUCAAAUAUAUAAUCAUUUUGAUAAAGAUGCUGAAACUCUUCAAAAAUAAGGUGAAUUGGCUAAAGCAGAAUUACAAAAAAUGAAAAAGCAGGUAAAAAAAUGUAAUAUUUUUAGUAAAAUGAUAGUGCUGGUUUUUAGUAUGAUUAGUAAUUAAAAUAAAACCUGUUUAGUAAAUAGGAUGACUCAGAAGAUUCAAGAUUAUGUAAAUAAGAAGAAAGAAUUUAAAUAAAAGAAGGAGAUGAGACGCAUGUUAAUAAGUAAAAUCAAAAUAAUAAAAUAUAAUUAGAUAUGAAUAAGAAUAAGAAGCUGAAAAUAUGAGAUUAUAAUAAAUAGAAGAAGAGAGGAUUAGAUAAGAAUAAUUAGCUGAAAAAUUACGAUUAGAAUAAAUAGAACAAGAAACAAUUAAAUAAGAACAAGUUGCUGAAGAUUCAGGAUAAGGAUAUUUUGAUGAAGAAACAGUGGAAUAAAAUUUAGAUUUUAAUCAAUUAUAGCAUCAGACUGAAAAUAUUAAUUUUAAAUUUGUAUGGUAGUUUCUAAUUAAUUUAACCUAGGACAUCAGGAGGGAAUAAAAUAUUCUUAACAGGAAGUUGGUUAAAUUGGACAGAUUAAUUAGAGCUAAUACAAAUAGAUGAUAGGUAUUUUUAGUUUGAAUAAAAGAUUCGAAAUUGAAUUGGAACUACCUAAAGGAAUUCAUGAAUUCAAAUUUAUUGUAGAUGAUGAAUGGAAAGUCAGUGAUCAAUAUGAAUACAAUGGUUAAAAUAAUUAAAUAAAUGUUUGAGUAGAG